CUCCUCCCCCCACGCUCGCGCCGGUCUCCGAAGCCGUACAUCUGCGAGAGAGAGGAGAGCAGCUGCUUGCGCCUUUGUCGCCUACAACAGGAACUCGUCUUAGACCGGUCGCCCAUGCAGGCUGGCUCCUGCGUGUGCGCCUUCGAUCUCGUCCGCACGUUGACCGGGCGGCGCGGAGUGUCGGCGGAGUGUCGGAGCAACUCCGCUCUCUCGCACCUGACGGUGUCCGACGCCGGCGCCCACCUCAGCCGGAGCUUUUGCGCGCGCUGCUUCCUCGGAGUGGUCACCGAAGGCGACGGCGGCGGCAGCGCGUCGUCGCUGAGGCGCAUCAUGUACUCGUACCUCACCUCUCCGGGGCUGCUCGGUUUCGGAGGCGCGUGGCGAGGCGACCGCAGCGCGUGGGACGUCGUCAACGCAGCCAACGCCUCGUCGCCCAAGGUCGAUCAGCCGAUCGCCAUGUACGUGGAGCCCGCAGACAAGUACGUGGCGGUGCGCGCCAUCGUCGACCUCUACCGCCGCCGCACCGGCAGAUCGAUCCCGGACUCGCACGUCUUUUUCUUCUCCGACACGGCGGCGGACGUCGCGCCCUUCGAGACUGCCUCCGCCUCCGCCUCGCUGCCCCGCUACAACGCGCGGCAGGUCGCGUGCGGCGUGCGCGACCCGGACAUGCCGGCCGCAGGCUUCUGCGGCGCCGCCCUCUCCGAGAUAGGCGUGCACGGUGUCGACGACCCGCAGUGGACCGAGAAGUGGUCGGACGUGUACCACGGGAUGGACCACAUGCAGUGGUACUCGGUUGUGGCGCUCGACAUGAACGCGGCCGACGCGUCCAAGUCGUGUCCCUGGCUCGUCCAGUCCGAGGGGUGCUCGCCGGCGCAGUGCCUCCGCACCCUCGCCGAGCGGGAGGUCGCCUCGGCGCGGAUGCUCCGCGAGCGGGUGGCCGCCAACCGCGGCGGGAACUUGCUCGUCGUGUCGCACUACCCGACCGACUUCCUCCUCGGCCGGCGGCCGGGCGGCAUCGACACGAUCGGGCUCCUCCGCUCGCACGAGACGCGCAUCUCCUACUUCGGAGGCCACCGGCACGCGACCGCUGCGCACGAGUCGGGCUACGCCGGCACGGCGUCGAUCGCGCCCAACCGCAAUUGGCUGACGGGCGGCGGCGGCGGGUGGGCGUGCGACGGGCAGCAGGGCUUCCUCGUGGGCGAGAUCAUGGCGGACGGGCGCGCCGUCAAUGUGGAGACGGUGCUGAUUGACGACGCGAGGUGCUGCACCGACCCGUGAAGCGUGAUCUGGCCGUUCGCUCUUUUUUCUCGACCGAUCAGCUGGUGCCCAUGCUCACCUC